ACAAUCAAAAUAAUAUUGACAAAAUGAUAACAAAGACAAAAAACAAAUUAUUAGAAAUGUUAUUUAAAUUGCGAUGUAAUGAUUUCAUAAUUGUAAUGUUGUCAACAAUUUACUGACUUCGCAUUAAACAACAUUAAAAAAACAACUAACAGUGCGCAUUUAUUUGAACUCGAAUGCCCUUCUUUUGUGUUAAUUUCUCAAGGUUUGCCACUUAAAUUUCUACGUCACAAAGCACUACACAAUUAUAUAUACCACUUUUUAAUGAUAAUCUAAUUGUUUUACAACUGGUGUAAUAUAAUUAUAAAAUCGGUUUCGAACAAUAUCCAUACAGAAGAUUUCGAAAAUGAUUUUCUUUAGAUUUAUUUGUUUAGUUUUGUUUGUUUAUCAAUUAUAUGAUCGAGCUGAAUGCGUUUCGUUCUUUCACUUCUCAUUGGAUCCACCGCCUGUCAAAGAUAUUGCAUUAAUGUCCAGAUAUAUUGUUCAUCAUGCAGGUAUUAUUAAACAGUUUUAUUGUUGUUACAUUUUAAGGAAUGUCAAAUUAAUAAAUAUGAUUAUUGUAAAAAUAGCAUAGGUAUUGGAACAAGAAAUAUAUACAUUCUUUUAAUAUCAACCAAAUGUAAAAACUUGCAAAAACUAUUCUUAUAAGUUUAUCUAUAUUUUGAAAAUAGAUUAAAUUAAUAUCAAGAUCCCAUUAAUAUUGUUAUUUAAUCAAACCAAUCAUCAGGUCAAAUAUUUCUAUAAAAAAACACCAAUCAAAACAAAAUAUUAAACUGAGCAAAAAAGUAUAAAAGUUGAGACUAGUAUUCUACUUCAAAUUAUAAUUAAAACAAUGGAAUUUCAACAUUAUGUAGUUACUUAGUUUUUGGAUAUCUUUAGAUUUACAUACAUUUAUUUUAAACAAAUUUGAACUUGCAUAAAUUAUUAUUUGACCUUUUGUUUUGUACUUCCUAUAAUUAAUCACAACAUGUACUAAAGUCAAUAGUUUUAAAAUAGAAUAACUUAUAAUAUUAAUAUUUUUCGUAAAAUAUAUUCAUUUAUGUAUUAUUUUUUUAUAGAUUGGGCAACGUUGUCUUAUAUUGGAAAUCAAUCGUUUAUGGAUGGUAUUCCGAUGGGUAGAGUGUAUUCGAUUAGCGAUGGAAUAAUCAGUAACAGUACUGGCAUACCCUAUAUUAUGGCUUCACCAAUGGAUCUUUCAUUUCAAGAUGUCGUGGUAAAUGUUAAAAAAUAUUAAAAUUACUUAUCUAAUUUAUUUACACUUUUAAAAACAACAAAUCAUAAUUAUUAUAUACAUAUAUAUAUAUAUAUAUAUAUAUAAAACAAUAAGAUUUAGAUAGUUGAUGUGUUUGAAGUGUCUAGGCAAUUAAAGUUUGUAAAAUAUUGAAUUAUUUACAAGGUUUUUAUUAUAUUAUAUAUUAUAUACUUUCAGAAAACAAAACAUUGCUCUCUUGUGAUGACCCUUGCAGAGACAGAUUAUUGUCAGAAAAAAACAUAUGAUCCUGAAGACCCACGUUGUGCUCAAGUAACUUUAACUGGACAAUUUAUAAAGGUAAAAACAUUUGGAACAUUCUCUAUACUCUUAAAUUAAACAUUAAUAUAUAUAUAUUUGUUUAUCACUAGUUGGAAAAGGGUGAUCCUGAAUGGGAAGCAGCCAAAGUAGCUUUGUGGACAAGACAUCCUGUUAUGCGUAAAUGGCAUAUUCUUGUUCCAGGUAAAUUAUUAAUGUUAUUUAUGAUAUAUUAUAAUUUACAUAAUAUUUUAUAUAGUUAUUGUUAAAAUAAACUUUUUGUUGUACAAUUUUUAUUUUUGUUUUAGGACAUAAUUGGCAAUUUUCCAAAAUUAUUAUUGAACAUAUUACACUUAUUGACACGUUUGGUGGCCGCAAAUAUCCUAAUGUAGCUGACUACUUCAAAGUAACGCCUGAUAUUAAAUUAUGGCCCAAACCAUCGAGACGUUCACAUAUUACAAUUGAGGAAAAUGUCAUUAUCGACGAUGAAUUCUAGGGAAUGGUUUUACUUAUUGCAAUAUAUUGCCAAUUUAAACGAAUAGACUGAUUUUUGAGGUUUAUAAUUAAUACAUUUUAGCAGGGUUAAGGUUUCUAUUUCUUUUUGAAUAAUAAAAGGUACAUUUUUUUUAAAAAUAAAAUUAUAUACAACUUGAAUACACUGGAAUACAUUUGGACUGAAGGGAGGAAAACAUGCAAAUUCAUAGAAAUCUGAGCCUUACUAAUUUUAUAAAUUUAUGUUGUUUACAAUGUUAAUUAUACUGACUAAAUAAUUAUUUUGAUAUUUUUAAUGUAUGUUUAAAUAUCAAUUAUGAAAUGAUAUUAUGUUAUAAUAUUUCAUGUAAAACAUUUAUAUAAUUGUUGAAUUAUUAUGUUUUAUAUAUAUUCUUAAAUAUUUCUAUUUUUCAAUUGUAUAUUUUAUUAUGUGUUGUAAAUGUAUUAAUCGUAUAGUUGCUAAUAAUAUACUCAGUGCUCGAAUUGAAGAGGAAGGAUUCUGUACUUCAACUGAUUUUUUAUAACUUUUAGCGUACUUUUAUUUAUAUUAAAUCUUGUAUAUUUUU